AUGGUGGAGUCUAACGCGUGCAGCAGCAAAUGCAGUCGUAACUCUGUGUGUAACGGCGAGACACCAGAAAAAACUCUUAUGUCAAAACGUCGACGCCAUAAGACGGUUCAUUUCGGCGACAAUCUUUUAUUACAAGUGUGUGCGAACGCGAAUUUGACUUCACACGUUUCAUAUACGAAAAUGGAACCCAAUGUCCAGCAACUAUUCAGCUUCAUCGAAACUGUGUUAAGCGCCUGGGUUGCAGAAGAAGGCUUGACAUCACAGGGGGAGGUCAGCGAAAUGGACGAGAAAGAAAUGCAAAGAAGAAGGUAUAAAAAACAUUGUGCAAAAGUAAAAAAGUUGGAUAUUCGAAGACUUGUUAUGGAAGUGGCCAAACUAGAUGGGUCCAGGUUUCUUGGUAACUUGAGGUAUAGGCAUAUGCAUUGGAAAGGAAAUCCAGACGCAGAGGGAUGCAAUGAACUAUUUUUAAGAAAGGAGAAAACAACAAGAGACAACAACAAGAGCAAAGUUACUAGAUUAACAGAAGAUGAAUUCUACUCUAGACCUAAUUCUAGAGAACACUUAAAAAUAAACUAUCAACUAAACAUAGAAUGCAUGGGUGAGUUAACUUAUUCCCUAAAAAAUAUUACACUUAGUAGCUAA